AUGGUGUUGUCACUUGUCGAAGAACGAGUCAAAAGGUUGGAGGAUAGCGUCAACCUUAUAAAAGAAAAAUCGGGAGAAUGCAAAGGGUGUUCAUACAAAGAAUUCAUGGUGUGUAAACCGCCAAUCUACAAUGGGGAUGUCGACCCGAUAAUAUGCCAAAAAUGGAUAAGUGACGUCGAAGGGGUGUUUGAACGGACCCAUUGUGACGUAGGUGACUUUGUUGCUUACGGAAUGGGUCAAUUGAGGGGUCAAGCCAAGGAUUGGUGGGACAAUAAAAAGAAGGAAAUAGGAGCCGAAGCGGUGAGGGUUAUGACUUGGGACGAGUUUAAGGUGCCGUUCCUUAAACACCAUAGUCCCAAAGCGGUUAUUAACAGGAUUAAGGAAGAAUUCAUCCAGCUAAGACAAAAGGGUGAAACAAUUGAUAAGAUCACGGGCAUCUUCAUGGAUAAGCUGAGAUUCUGUGACGAGUUAGUCACCACUGAAGAGCAAAAGAUAUACUACUAUUACAACAUUCUGAGUGCCGAAUACCGGGAGUUUAUGACUCCAUCAAAGUACGAAACCCUCACGGAGAUUAUCAACACCGCCCGGGAGCCGGAAAUCGAGUUGAAGAAACAAGUUGAGAGGGGCGAGUGA